AUGGCCACCGCGACCGUGACCGAGUUCAUCACGAAGACGGUCAAUGCCACGGCAGCGACAAGCACCGCCAGCUCUCGAGCAACCCCCCAAGGCGGUGUCUUUGAAGGCCUCAAUCCUACCCAUUAUGACCCAAAGAACCCCAUCACUCUCUUCAUAAUCCAGGCCGCCAUAGUCAUCAUCCUCACACGCAUCAUACAUGUGCCUCUGGCCUACCUUCGCCAGCCUCGAGUGAUUGCCGAGGUCAUCACUGGCAUCCUACUCGGCCCGUCAGUCAUGGGGAGGAUCCCCGGAUUCACAAAUGCCAUCUUCCCCACCAGUUCCAUGCCAGCCUUUACUCUGGUUGCUAACCUCGGACUGGUGCUGUUCUUGUUUCUGGUCGGCUUGGAAGUCGAUUUGCGAUUUCUCGCCAGCAACUGGCGCAUCGCCCUGAGUGUGGGUGCUCUUGGAAUGGCUCUCCCUUUCGGGCUCGGUUGCGGUAUUGCAUGGGGGUUGUACCACGAUUUCCGAAGUGAUUCUGGGCUGGCCCCCAUCAGCUUUGGCGUUUACAUGCUCUUUAUCGGCGUGGCCAUGGCAAUCACUGCGUUUCCCGUCCUCUGCCGUAUUUUGACAACUUUGAAACUGCUGAGCACCCCGGUCGGGGUUAUUGUCCUGUCGGCAGGAGUCGGCAACGAUGUCGUCGGUUGGAUCCUGCUUGCGCUGUGUGUUGCUCUCGUUAAUUCUGGCGCUGGUCUUACCGCUUUAUGGAUUCUCCUUGUGGCUGUCGGUUACACACUGUUCUUGGCCUUUGCCUUCCGCCCCGUCGUCGUGUGGUUCCUGCGAAAGACAGGAAGUCUGGCCAACGGUCCAACUCAAACGGUAGUCGCAUUGACAAUCCUUCUCGUCCUCGCCUCGGCUUUCUUCACUGGGAUUAUCGGAAUUCAUCCCAUUUUUGGUGCCUUCGUCAUUGGUCUAAUGCUACCCCACGAAGGCGGCUUCGCCGUCAAACUUACCGAAAAGAUUGAAGAUCUCGUCGGCGUUUUGUUCCUUCCCCUCUAUUUCGCACUGUCUGGCUUGAGUACUAACCUGGGCCUGCUCAACAACGGCUUGACAUGGGGCUACGUGAUCGGUGUGUGCGCAAUCGCCUUCAUUGGGAAGAUUACUGGCGGGACGGUAGCAGCCAGAUUGAAUGGCUUGGUAUGGCGAGAAUCAUUCACGAUUGGCGUUUUGAUGUCCUGCAAAGGCUUGGUCGAGUUGAUCGUCCUUAACAUUGGACUACAGGCCAAAAUCCUCAGCACCCGCACAUUCACCAUCUUCGUUGUCAUGGCCCUCAUCACCACGUUUGCUACAACACCACUGACUACGUGGCUAUACCCGCCUUGGUAUCAACGGAAAUUGGAGCUUUGGAAGCAGGGCAAGAUCGACUGGGACGGUAACCCGCUUCGCCCCGACACCGACACGGAAUCUACCAGCGACGCGGACAUUCUUCGCAAGGCCAACGUUGCAAAGAGGGUCUUGGUGUAUCUUCGCCUCGACGGCCUACCCAGCCUGUUCACCAUGGUUUCCCUCUUUUCCCACAAACCUGAGGAGGAAACCGUCGAGCCUCAGAAUCAGGCUCCAAACUAUGAGCCAUUGAUGAACAACCCGCAAGCACUGAGCUCAGUAGUCAGUCUUCGCCGCCCUCUUCAAGUGCACGGGCUUCGUCUCAUGGAACUCACGGAACGAGAGUCCAGCGUAAUGCGCGUUGCGGAGAUUGAAGAAUUUGCCGGGCGGGACCCCGUCAUUAAGGCAUUCGGUACUUUCGGGCAAUCGUGUGAUAUCGCAGUGGGAGGACAAAUUGCCGUGGUGCCUGAUCACAGCUUCUCGGGCACGCUCUUAUCUCGCGCGAGGGAUCUCAAGAGUGAUCUUGUGCUGGUCCCUUGGUCCGAGACCGGGACAAUGUCUGAGUACCCUAGCUUGUUCGAUGCAAAGCCGGGCGAUCCACUGGCGAACAAACAAUUCGCGACACUUGCGGCAGAGAUUUUUGAGCAAGCAAGGCCGAGUUGCCACGUCGGUGUCAUUCUUGACAAGACAGUCCUUUGCACGCCAUCUGGUGCUUCGAAGAUUGACUCGCCGGUCGCCGAACGACCGACCCGACAACUAAACAGAACACUCACCGGAGUUAGUCUUGCGGAUCAGAUGAACUCGACAGUGCACUUUAGGUUGGCCGAUAGUGGACGUUCUCGCCUCUUCGUCGUCUACCAAGGUGAUGGUGAGGAUGACCUUUUCGCUGUGCGGCUCGGUCUGCAGCUAGCCAAGAAUAAGAAGGUAGAUCUGAAGAUUCUGAACGCAAGAGCCGGCCACGACGACUCGGACGCUGUCCACCAAGCCGCAGACACCGACCACGACGAUAAGAUGGCCGCCAUAUCGAAGGUCCAUACUCUCCGGACACCCCUCGAUUUUGAAUUUGACACCCUCCGGUCAAGCAUUCUGGAUUUUGGCUUCGGCGAAAGAGCGACGGUCGUGGACGUGCACCUGACAGGUCUGGAUGCGGUGGUGGCGGCGAUAUCUGAGCCUAGUCCUGCGGAGACAUUGGUCAUUAUCGGCAGAGGCACUUUCCAUCCCACGACCAACACCGCCGUCGGUGCUGGCGCAGGCGAGUCGUCGAUGUCUGGUUCGAUGGUCAUGACAGGCGUCGCCGGACCGAGUUAUGCGCGCGAGGACAGUCGCGCCUUGGGACCGCUGGCGACCCAGCUUGUCAAAGUCAUCAGGGAGAGGCAGCUUCGGGCUGGGUUACUGGUUGUUCAGGCCCGGCGAGAGCACGCGGCCGACGCCCCCGACGCGUUCGGAGGGUUCGGUGCACCGCCAAACCCACUGGACGUGCGAGAUCUGAAAGCAACAGCGUUGGCCAAGAAGAUGAGCGCCUUGAGUGACGACGACUAG